GCUCGGAGAACCGCCCCGGCCGCUGCGUUCCGUGCCGUGUGCUGUGGGAUCAGGUGGCCUCCCUGGCGCCGCCAGACCUGGGUGCCGCGAGGGCGCGCAUGGCGGCGGUGGGUCCGCGGACCGGCCCAGGCGCUGGGGCCGAGGCGCUGGCGCUGGCGGCAGAGCUGCAGGGCGAGGCGACCUGCUCCAUCUGCCUGGAGCUCUUCCGCGAGCCGGUGUCCGUCGAGUGCGGUCACAGCUUCUGCCGCGCCUGCAUCGCGCGAUGCUGGGAGCGCCCCGGCGUGGGGGCCACCUCCGCGUCCCGCACGCUGCCCUUCUCGCUGCCCUGCCCGCAGUGUCGCGAGCCCGCGCGCCCGGGCCAGCUGCGGCCCAACCGGCAGCUGGCCGCGGUGGCCACACUGCUGCGGCGCUUCAGCCUGCCAGCGGCCGCGCCCGGGGAGCGCGGGGCUCCGGAGGCGGUGGCGGCCGGGUGCGCGCAGCACGGCGAACCGCUCAAGCUCUACUGCCAGGACGACGGCCGUGCCAUUUGCGUGGUGUGCGACCGCGCCCGCGAGCACCGCGCGCACGCCGUGUUGCCGCUCGACGAGGCCGUGCAGGAGGCCAAGGAACUCCUGGAGUCCAGGCUGAAGGUCUUGAAGAAGGAUCUGGAUGACUAUGAGGUGUUUCGUUCCACCGAAGAGAAGGAGAGCAAGGAGCUCCUGAAGCAGAUGGCAGCCGAGCGAGAGAAGGUGGGGGCGGAGUUCCAGGCUCUGCGGGCCUUCCUGGUGGAGCAGGAGGGCCGGCUCCUGGGCCGCCUGGAGGAGCUGUCCCGGGAGGUGACGCAGAAGCAGAAUGAGAACCUGGCCCAGCUCGGGAGCGAGAUCGCCCAGCUCUCCAAGCUCAGCAGCCAGAUCCAGGAGACAACUUGCAAGCCCGACCUUGACUUUCUCCAGGAAUUCAAAACCACACUAAGCAGAUGCAGCAAUGUGCCUGCCCCCAAGCCAACCACAGUCUCUUCGGAGAUGAAGAAUAAAGUCUGGAAUGUUUCCCUCAAGACCUUUGUCUUAAAGGGGCUGCUCAAGAAAUUCAAAGAAGAUCUCCGGGGAGAGCUGGAGAAAGAGGAAAAAGUGGAGCUGACCUUGGACCCGGACACGGCCAACCCCCGGCUCAUCCUCUCUCUGGAUCUUAAGAGCGUGCGUCUUGGACAGCGGGCCCAGGACCUGCCCAGCCACCCGCGCCGCUUCGACACCAACACUCGGGUCCUGGCGUCGUGUGGCUUCUCGUCCGGGCGGCACCACUGGGAGGUGGAAGUGGGCUCCAAGGAUGGCUGGGCCUUCGGGGUGGCCCGGGAGAGCGUGCGCCGCAAGGGCCUCACGCCCUUCACCCCCGAGGAGGGCGUCUGGGCGCUGCAGCUCAACAGCGGGCAGUACUGGGCGGUGACCAGCCCCGAGCGGACGCCCCUCAGCUGUGGGCACCUGUCCCGCGUGCGGGUGGCCCUGGACCUGGAGGUGGGGGCCGUGUCCUUCUACGCCGCAGAGGACAUGCGUCACAUCUACACCUUCCGCGUCAACUUCCAAGAGCGCGUGUUUCCCCUUUUCUCUGUCUGCUCCACAGGCACCUACUUGCGAAUCUGGCCUUGAGGGGGGCGUUGCCUGGCCUGCCAGUGGGUGACCUCCUCCUAGUCCUGGCUGCCUGUGGGUAGGAUGUGGUCCUCUGAUGGAGCCUCCUGGUCACUUUGGGUCUGCCCUCCAGACUCUUGCCCCAGGCUGCUUUUAGAAGGGCUUCUGCAGACCACAACAUCAAAGACCUGAGAGUGGGCGGCUGGGGAAAGGGCUCCGAGGUCAAUAGAGCAGAAGAGAUGCCUUGGACCCUCCAGGCCUGUCCUCUGCCUGUCCUAGGCCUGUAGAUUUGGCCUGAGCAGUGAGGAGGCGGAGGUGAAUAAGGACAGGAGCCCAGCUCCUGACACAGGUGCUUCCUAUCACUGCCCCAGCUCAGCAAGGCCUCUGGCUCCAUGAUCUACCUACGCUCACUUUUGGAAAUCUCGACUUGGGCAGCUGGGAAGGUCCCCUGGAAACGUGGUGGGUGCCUGGCUUCCAUUCUCUGCAUGCAUGACUCAGCGAGGAAAGGUGACUUCUGCUACAGAAUCACUGAGCCAAGAGGAUCAUUUCAGAAGUUUGUUGAACAACAGCAAGCCCUGGUUCUGUGCUGUCCUCAGUUACAAGGAUGCAGGUUCCUGCCGGGCCAGCCAGGUUCAUGAUCACGUCUGCUUUGCCUUCUUGUCACCUGCCAGCUCUGGCUUCAGAGACCUGGAUCUGGCUGGCCUGUUGAAGUCUACUCAGGGAGAAGCACUGUACUCCCAGCUUAGAGGAGAGUCUGGGCCAGAACUGGAAGGAGAUCCUUGAUCUGUACAUGAGGGAAGAGCCCAGGACAGCAGCAUAUAUGCAUUGCUACCGUCCAACACCCCUUAGCUUGGUGACAUGUACAUCCUUGGCCACAGUGACAGCCUCAUGUUCUCACGUUUGCCUAAACCCUUUUCAAGUGCCAAAGUACAGUCUCCCUUGGGUAAGGAGACCAAAGAUUCUGGAGUUUUGAAACACAAGACAGCAAUUAUAAUUUUACAGAAGCAACUAACACCAGCAUGGAAAUGUAGGGGGCACAGGCAUGCCCCUGACCGACCCUUCCUGGAGCUUCCCAAAUGUAUGCCAACAGCAGAGGACCUUGGUGCCAAGGACUGCUCAGCCCUGUGCCUUGGUGGGUGUUAUUCCCUUGGCUAAUUGUUCCCCAGCUUCUAUAUGGCUGGGCUUUUGGGAGGGUAGAGAUGGGCUGUUCCCUUCUUAGUGGUCCCAGGAGAGGGGGAUGGGGAGAUGCAAAUACAGACUGUGAGCUCA